UCUAAACCAACGAGGAAGAAGAAGACGAAUCGUCCAAUCAGACGCGCCGCCUGAAAAUCAACACGGAAGUCUUUUUUGGGCGCCAAUUUGAACGCCCCUCUCUGAACUUAAAAUAUAUUCUUUGUGUUUUUCGUACCCACUGUAAGCGGCGACAAUGGCUGAAAACACCUUCCCCGUUUACACUGUGGAUGCUAUAGUGAAUUUCUUUCGAACUGAAGUUCUCACCGGCCAAGAGGCGAAACACUUCACGAAGAGCGACUUGACUCCUCAUCCCAAGCCAGAAACCGUUCAGACCCUCUACAUGAGAGUGCUGCAUCUCCUGUAUCGUUUCAGGCCCGAGUGUCACUCCAUGGUUCCGCUUUUGGAGAACAUUCAGUUUCCAGUCUAUCAUGAGGGGGCCACUGGCAUCAUGAGCGUCUACACACGCAUGCGGCAGUUCCUGCCUAUGUGCUUGGUGUAUGAUUUUUCAUUGAAUGACCUGCUUGCUCCAAAGAAACAAAGGACUCUGACCAUUCUGAGCGCCAUCGUGAACUUUCUCCACUUCAGGAAUCAGCGGAUGGACGUGAUGUUGGAGAAACAGGCCAAAUUUAGAGCAGACGUGGACAAACUGCAGGUUUACACACAAGGCAACGCAGAAGCAGAGAAGAAGAUUGAGAUGCUGACGACCAUCCCACCGGAGCAGCAGGCCGAGGCUGACGAGUUGGCGGCGGCUCUCUCUGAACUGCAGUCCACCACCAUGCAUGAAUAUCAGGAAGUGAAUGCCAAAAACGACAGCAUUGCAGAGUGGAAAACCACAAUAGCGGAGAAGACGCAGAAACUGGCUCAGAUGAAGGUGGACAUCAUCAGCCUGAAGGAAGACGUCGGCAAACUCAAGUCUCAGAUCGUUGAGUCUCCAGAGGAGCUGAAGAGUCAGAUGGAGAAGAUGAAGGAGAACGUCAAAAACAUCAAGAACUCCAUAGAAGAAACGGACGAGCGUGUAGUGGAGCUUCAGAACAUGGUGCAGGGUGUGACUCACACGGACGCAGAGAUCCAGCUGAUGUACGGCCUCCUGCAGGACAUGGAGAGCAGCAUGAACAACAGCAAGCAGCGGCAGGAGGAGCACCAGGAUCUGAAGGCUCAGUACGAUAAGAAGCAGAAGGAGCUGAAGAACCUGUGCAUCGAGGAAGGUCAGCUGAAGCGAGCUCUGGGCAUGAAGCUGGACAAGGAGUGCAAGCAGAACAUCAGCAGACAGAAGAAGAGGGAGAUGAAGGAGCAGCACUACCAAGAUGUGUUGGGGCAGUGUAACCAAAUCCACCAGAAGCGAGAGGAGAUGGCCGACAAAAUCCAAGAGAUCUCCAAUGAGACGCAGCAGCUGAAGUCCAAGAUCAAGAGCCUGAGGGACGUGUGCAGCAAAGAGACGCAGAAGGCUCAGGCUCUGUACGACACCCUGUUGGAUUCAAUGGACGAGCUGCACCAGAGGAUCGAGAUGCGCAUCACAGACCUGAAGCUAAACGUCACCAAGAUGUCGCCAAACUUCUAAACUUUAUUCGUCGUUUUUUUACUCCUACUACUCCAACUAAUCGCCUUCUAUCUCUCGCCUCUUCUUACCGUUGUAACAUGUUGCCAAUUUGGCCUAAUAUUUAAAAAAAAGUUUCCAUAUUAAAAGUGAAUGCUGUAGUUGUCAUCUUUGACCUUUGUAAAUAAAACAGUCCAGUCACAAACUA